AUAUGGCGUUUUGUACACCAGCUGUAUUACUGGGUUUCCUUACGACGCUCGGCAGUGGUUUACGGCCUCGUUUGCGCUGCCGGCAGCUCGCUGAUCCGGGUCCUCGUCGCCUCCAGAAGAUGCCCCUUCUGGUAAAAUGGCCUUUCCCGGAGCGUGCGCGUCUCCCCCGGACUCUCACCGGCACCGUGGUCAUGGGUCUCGUGGGCACAUACAGCUGGCUCUGGACUCGGUACGUGAAUCACGUGGACGUCCACAAUAAAGAGGUCCUGUAUGACCUGAUUGAAAACCGGCAGCCGGACACUCCGCUUGUGACCAUCUCCAACCACCAGUCCUGCAUGGAUGAUCCCCACCUGUGGGGCAUUCUGAAAUUAAAGCACGUGUGGAAUCUGCACAGGAUGAGGUGGACCCCAACAGCUGCUGAUAUCUGCUUCACCAAAGAACUUCAUUCGCUAUUUUUCAGCCUCGGGAAGUGCGUGCCCGUGUGUCGAGGCGAUGGCGUGUAUCAGAGAGGAAUGGACUUCAUCCUGGAUCGGCUCAACAGGGGAGACUGGGUCCACGUGUUCCCGGAGGGGAAAGUAAACGUGAGUCAGGACUUCGUGCGGCUGAAGUGGGGAAUCGGCCGUCUGAUCUCUGAGUGUGCGCAGAAUCCCAUCAUUCUUCCUCUGUGGCAUGUGGGAUUGAAUGACGUUCUCCCCAACGAUCCUCCUUACGUUCCACGCUACGGACAGAGGAUCACUGUGUUGGUGGGAAGACCCUUCAGUGCAAAGAAAGUUGUGAAGCAACUAGAGCUGGAAAAUCGCUCUUCGGUGGAGAUCAGGAAGGCCGUAACAGAUUACAUCCAGGACGAGUUCCGCAAACUGAAGGCGCAGGCAGAGACCCUUCACCACGGCCCCCGGGGACAGACGUGACACGUGGGGGUCCUGCCAACUUGGGCAGGAAAGGGUGUAUCAUAUCAGACUACCUCUGAGCGACGACCACCGCCGGAUCGGUGCAUUUUACACGCAAGGAGAUCCCUUUCCAUCCGUCACGGACAAUGAAGUAGCCCCAAUCGCCCCCCCCCAAUGUGCAGAUAUAUGUUGUUUGUAUCGGACCCGACUAAUGCUGUUUUAUUAAGUUUUUAGGUAUUUUUAAAAGGAAUAAAAAGUUUUCCAUCUUGAA